CACCAGGAAAUCAACCUUGAAAAUUGAAGGCGCAAGUUCCAAGUGGAAUGAUUAGCUUAAAUCUGGCAAAAGCGCUGAACGAAGCCUGGCUUGAUGGAAUAUAGCCCAACUGUUUCCCGCAAAGCCAAUCAGGGCGUCGAAAGGAAGAUGACGAUCGAAAUAAAAAAAAGAAUCCAAGACUUGUUGGGACAAAGAUCCGAACUGGACUCGAAUUUGCAGGUUCUUUAGCUGUUGGGUAGAGGAGUUAAAAACUCAUUUUGAGGCCGAAUUAAUUGAUAUAGUUACAUACCACGCGACAGUGCCAAAACUUUGCUUUCCAAUUGAUUUUACUUUUUAUUUUUCAAUCAUGCAGUAACCUCAUAGAUUUCAUACUUUCUGAAUAUCUGGUUGUUGAUCCAAAAUUCCCUUCCAUCUCGCAAUGGCUUCUCUCCCAACGCGAGAUGAGAUUGACACCAAAUCCAUCCUCUCUAUGCAAGAGCUGGAUCCCUCUCCCGUGGCUGAGACAUUCCCUGACAUAGAACCGGGCGAUUACCAGCAGAAACUACAGCCCAAGCCCGAAUCGCCGCCGAAUAGCUGGGGAGAACGAUUUGCGGCGGUUAAAUUGGGUCUCCGUGGGCAAAACUGGGACUCCUGGCUAUCCGCCCUCCAACGAUACUCAACUUACCCUCCCAGCUUGUUCGUUGCGCUCCAUUUCGCCAAUACCUCCCUCAUCCCACUGGCGACGCGAUCCGUCCCCGAAAGCGAAACGUAUCUCCUCCUGACACGACCCAUCUACCAGUCUCCCUCCCUCGAACAUGCCAUCUUGACUCUCCCCGUCCUGGUCCACAUCGCCUCCGGAAUAUGUCUCCGCAAUAUUCGGUCGUCGCGGCGAGCUCGCCUGUACGGGGCUGAGACCCGCACCCAACGAUCGGCCCUGACUUUCUGGCCGCGGAUGAGUUUGCAGGCUCGUCUCGGAUACGUCUUCACCCCAUUACUCGGCACCCAUGUCCUCGUCAAUCGGGUUGCGCCGCUGAUGGUCGACGGGGGCAGUUCGGGGAUCGGUCUGGGAUAUGUGGCGCAUGGGAUCGCGCGCAGUCCCGUUUUCUGGAACAUCUACUACCUCGUUUUUGUCACUGUCGGCGUGUGGCACGUUGUUGGCGGGCUGGCUUCGUGGAUGGGGUGGAGGGUCACCACGGCGCAGAAGACGCGCGGCAGCAAAAAGGGCUCCCUCGAAGGCUACCUGGGCUAUGGCGAAAGUGAUCAGCACAUCAAGCGGCGCCGGAGAAUGUGGUGGACUGUCAAUGGGAUUGCUGCGCUGGGGGCUUCUCUCUGGCUUGCUGGCGCGCUUGGAGUGGUUGGACGUGCUGGGCUCGGUUCAGGCUGGGAGGCAACCAACUGGAAUAACAUCUACAGCCAGGUGCCUGCCAUUGGGAGCUGGCUCUGAGACAAUAUUUGAUAUUGAACUCGACCGUUUGGACCCUGCGAAUUUCCUGUGUGCGGUUAGUUUUGACUCUUUUUCAUCAUCGGCCCAGAUCAGACCUGUCCCUUCAUGUGGUUUAACAAGCAACCAGCAGACUCUUUUCAAAUCCCUUUUUACCUUUAAUGCCGCGCCUCCGAACAUAGAUAGUCAACCUUUUACAACCAGAAUGAAUGUGAGGGGACCUGUGAAAAUAACACUGAAAAUGACCGCUCCUAGG